GUUACAAGAGUGGGUCCUCGUUCGUUGUGUUGGUACAUUUUUUCCUUUUUUCCUCGAUUUGGAGCCAAGAAAAAUCAUGUUGUCUUAUAAGCGGAAAAUCUAUGAUGACAGUUCUGAUGAAGRACUUUCUGGUGUGGAUAGUUUUGAUGAUGAUAGCUCUGAUGCAGAAGCCUCCAGUUUAGAAAAUUCYGAGUCYAAACAUYCUGAUGUAGAAAUUCCAAGUUUGGAAAAUUCYGAGGCAGAAAUCUCAGAAGAUGAGUCAGAUUCUGGUUCUGAUUUCAAUCCCUCCCCAGUUAAAUAUACAACUAUCAAAAAAGUCAAAUCCAAAAAGAAGGAUUCUGAUGAAGUAGAUGUAUUCGCAAGAAAUGAAUCUGAUGGUYAUCCAGAACUUUAUUGUAUGAGCCGACGUGAAAAGGAGACGGAGGAAAAAAAGCAKCUUAAGAAAGACCUUUUUGAAGCCCUGACCAGUGUUUACCAGAAGAAGACAUCAGCACAUGAGUUUGCUGUUGGUAGUGUUAAACCUGAGCUGCCAUCUAAGCCUGGCUUAGAGAUUUCAGGAUAUGGGAAGGUUCCACUUCCAGUUACAGCUGCAACAGCRAAAAAGCUYAAGAAACAUUUCCAACAAGCACCUUAYGGUCUAGGRGAAGAAACCAUCGUUGACAAAUCUGUGAGAGAUUCAUGGCAGCUGGACCCUSAAARGUUUAYAAUCACCAAUGAAGAGUUUAACCAAGGAGUACAAAAACUCGUGAAAGAAAUCCAGUUAAGCCUCGGGUGUGGAGAUAUCUCUGUGACAUCCAAAUUGUACAAGCUACUUUUCUAUGAACMWGGAGGACACUUCAAGCCCCACAGGGAUACAGAAAAGCACCCUGGAAUGUUCGCAACUCUAAUAAUUCAAYUACCAUCAAAUUUCAAAGGAGGAGACUUGAUUGUAAGGCACAAAGGCAAAGAAAAAAGGGUUCAGUUCAGCACYAAAGAAGCCAAAUCAUCCUGCAUCUAUGCAGCACACUACGCUGAYUGYGAGCAUGAACUAACUGAAAUUAAAUCUGGCUAUCGUAUGGCCUUGGUGUAUUCCCUUUGCUGGGAUGGCAACGGUGUUGAACCUAGUCCYCCUGAUCUUCCAACAAGCAACCUUGCUGGCUUCUUGGGUAAAGUUGUCGACAUUGUCCCACAUCCUGGUAUUGUAGCCUGGGGAUUGGACCACCAUUACUCAAGAAMAUCUUUCCUUGACAAGGGAGUGAAAGCACUUAAAGGUGGUGACAGGCUUGUGUAUUCAAGCUUACAAGGUGCAAAUGUCAUUCUUGAAGAGAGUAAGAAGGUGGAGAUUUUUAUUGUUGAAGUGAAGAGAAGUGAUAAUCUCAUGGGUUCUUGUUCGAGRGAACAGGGUUGGGGUCCACCCUUGAARAAGCCCUGUAAGCGUGAUUGCUUYGAAUGUGAGGAUAAGGAGACGGAUUAUGAUUUGAAUUUCAUUACCAUUGAUGGGAAACCCUGGAAGUUGCUCAAAAGAGACUUUCAAUUUAACGUUGAAAUGGAUGUGUUGAAUGUUGUAGAAGAUGAUGAGUUUUGGGGAGAAUGUCACGAGGGGAARUGUAGUGGRCCAUCGGGCAAUGAAGGUGCUACAAAGGUCAAUUGGUACCGCCGUUAUCUUCUUGUGGCUAUGCCUAAGGAAGAAGCUAUCAAGAUAGUGUACAGAAGCUCUCUCAACAACACUGUCCAAUACCUAGCACAUAUUGUGCAGGCCACUGAGGAAAAGUCAUCUCUCAAAAACCUGGCYAAUGAAAUCCUUGAAACUUGCUUAAAGAAGAAGGAGAAGUAAUUUGCCAAAGCCAGCAGAGUGUCAUUACGAUGCUUAGGAUGACAUURACAUUCCAUGAAGUUAACUGGGCGUUGAAGAUUCUAGCAUUGCUUAAAGAGAAGAUUGUUGCUGACUACUGGUUCUUCUCGAUUUCCUACGAACAUUGGACAUAUGCAUUUGGUAUCCCAUCUAGUGAAAUGGUCACUGUACUGAAAGAUCUCAUCAAUACUUUUGGAAUAGUUGCCCUUUCUAAACCUGUUGCAGAGAUAAUUUUGGCAUGUCCUGUCAAGCACUUCCAACAUGCGACUGUUCUCCUAGAACAUUACUUCCCUCCAGGGAAACUCAAAGAUUUCCUGGUCAAAAGCUUGGUUGAAAAAAUGUUGAGUAAAAAAGAAUUUGAUCGCACUGACGAAGGAGUGCUAUCAAUUGGCCUUGUAAUUUUCAGUCAUCCAAAAUUGUGUUCUGAGUUUGAGAAAGCAUUCUUUGAGAAAAGUUGGCUAGAUGAUCUUCCUGUCCUUGCUGAAAUGAUGUCUCUCUUGUGGAAGAACAAGAAAAAAGCAAUGCAGAAGAGCACUUUUUAUCAAGCAGUUUGUGCAAAGUUUUUGGCAAAAGUCCACAAGUUAGCCCUAAGUCAGAAAGCUACUCCAGAUGAAGACAUCGAUGCUAUAGUCAAAGGUGGAGAGUUCCUUGUGAACAUGAAAGAAACCACAUUCUUCGAGAAGGUUGUCGACGAUGUUCUACUCCAUGGAAAUGAAAGUUUGUGGAAGAAAUUCCUUGCAAGUGAUUUUGUCCAGACAGUUGGUACAUCUCAUUCUAUCAAGGGCCUUCUCCAGGCACGUAUAAACCAACUUUCACCCAUCAUUAAGGCUGGUAAGAAUGGACUUGGAUGGUCACAACCCAAAGCUGUCAUUCCUGGUCAUCCAGAGGUAGAGGCUUUUCUACGAGGUCCAGAGCAAAGUUUCACGUAUCACAAGUUCAAUGCAAAGUCUCAUGCCAUGGAGUUCAACAGAAAGUUCUUCAAAGGAAAGGGAAAAGCUAAAGUUAAAGUCACCGGCAUCAAACAAGAAACUGCUGUGGARAUCACAAAAUUGCAACCAAAGCRCAAAGAARCAGAGAAGGAGUUCAAAGAGGACUUUGCAGAGCACAAGAGGUUGCAGGCCAUACUUGAUGACAAAUGUAAAURAAGGAUCUCCCUGGAGUCUAAUGGGUUAAAAUAAAGGCAAAGAGACCUAAGCUGACAUUAUAUUCCUGAAGAGUAAAGUUCAGGUGGAUGGAUAUAAACUUUUAUUACUUCUUGAUCUUAACAUAUAAGAAAUAUUAUACUGCAUUUAA